AUGUCGCUUCGCGCGGAGAAUUACCCGCCAGAUAACUACCAAACCCCCCCGUUUCCGUCCAUCUCCUUCCAAUUGAUGGACCUGACGAAGGACCAUCGCUGGAGCCUGUAUUACAUCGGCGACAUCUGGCGCUUCACCGUGCUGUGGACUCUGAUCAUCUACGGGGUUGUGCAUCUCGCUUCUGCCUUUAUCGCCUUGGCCAUGCAGGGCGGAAAGAAGCGCUCGCUGAUGUACCUCUGGGUAGCUCCCAUUGUCUACGUCGCCGCAGCGCUGAUUCAAGGCCUCCUCGCUGGAAGUGUAGUGGGAUUGGUGCUCGGGGCUGUGUACAAUGCCGGCUACUUCUCCAUGUCGACCUGGGUCCCUGUCCUCUGGGGUGUCAUCAACGUCCUCGUCCUCAUCGUCUCCUCCUUCUCCAUACAAGGCGGCUUGUGA